AUGUCAGCUUCAUCUGCGAACUCAACGCAUCAGCAGCAACAGAGGGUCAAACGCAGCAAUGACGGGUCCCCCACCUCUUCAGCCACCGGCGGCAACUGCAGCAGCAACAACAGCAGUGGCAACACGAGCCGGUUGCAGCCCAUUCGUGCCACGGUACCCUACCAGCUAUUGCGUGGAAAUCAGCACAGCCCAACCCGCUCUCCCUCCUCCAUCUCAGUUGGGAGCAACACAGGACCGUCAACGUCCCGCUGCUCCAGUCCCACCAGCCCGACGCAGCUGCUGCUUGCGAGCCCGGCUGGAAACGGCUCGGUGGACGCAAGGCUGGUCGCAAGACAGAGACGCUCCCCGCCUGACAACAAGAGUUCUCCAGAACGCUGUCCGAACUCGCCCGUUUUCAGAGUUGAAAGGUCGAAGUCGCAGCAGGUGCGAACCGCGGGGACCAUCCGACGGACUUCCUCCCUGGGAGCGAUUACCGGACCCUACCUCACCGGGCAGUGGCCGCGAGAUCCCCAUGUGCACUACCCCUCGUGCAUGAAAGACAAGUCCACUCAGACUCCUGGAUGUUGGAGUGAAGAAACGGGAGAAAAGAGGAGCACUCACCAGCGCUCAGCAUCCUGGGGCAGUGCUGACCAGCUAAAAGAGAUUGCUAAGCUCCGUCAGCAGCUCCAGCGCAGUAAACAGGGGGGUCGCCACAGUAAAGAUCGUCUGUCGCCACUCCAGGGCUGUGUCCCCUCCAUCACCUCUCUCAACACCACCUCCACCACCACAACAGGCAACCAAACUCAGUUGUCCAUGUCGAAGUCAGUGCAGAUGCCGCUGUCCAACAUCACCGUGCCAAAGCCCACCAUCUCCAGAGUGCCCAGUAGCAUGGAGGGCAUCAAUCACGAACUGGAGAAAGUCUUCAUCAAAGACAACGGAGAAAAGGAGGAGCUGAAGGCACUGGAGGUUCCAGACGGGCGACGGGCUCCUUUUCCCCCUCAGCAGCGAAGCAGCAGCAGUCGCAGUGUGGACACACAGACGCCCUCAGUGCCUGGUCGCUCCAGCAGCUGCUCCAGCCUGUCCCCCUGUCCCUCCCCCGCCUGCCCGCACGGCUCGCACGACGGCAGCCCGUACUCCACAGACGAACUGCUCGACGACAGAGACAAAGACAGUGGCAGUAGCUCCCCUCUGCCCAAGUUCGCCUCCUCCCCAAAACCCAACAACAGCUACAUGUUCAAACGGGAACCACCAGAGGGCUGUGAGAAGAUCAAAGUGUUUGAGGAAAUGACGUCUAGACAGUCCACAACCGUCCCUCUCUUCUCCUGCCCAGACAAAAACAAAGUUAACUUCAUUCCCACCGGCUCGGCUUUCUGUCCAGUCAAACUCCCUGGCUCUCUGCUUCAGCACAGCUCCUCCCAACCCGACAAGGAUGAUGACCCCGAGGCUGGCCCUAGCUCCGCCCUCCCAGCGGCCGCGUCGGGCUCCUACGCCCCCCUCCACCCCACUCAGGUCUCCACCAGCACCAGCACAGACGACCCCCCGGAAUCGCCCGCCACCUCGCCCUCCCAACUCCAGGGGGCGCCCUCAGAAUCUCCUUCUCAGCCACAGGACUUUGCUGUGAGCUAAAGCCAGGCAGAGCUGGCCUCUGCCACCCAAAAUCCCAGAUGCCCCACCCCCCUCACUCUUGCUGAAGGACCCCCCCACCCCUCCCAGCCCCCACCUCUUUGCUGAACUUCCACUAUCUGCAUGGCAUAGCA